CUGCGAACAGGCCACUCCCACUAGUAGAAUGGCAGCGGUGAACUUUAACCGUAGUGUUUAUGUAUGUGUUUUUGUCGGAGGAGUGGCUCUAUGACAAACUAUCAGAUCCCCGCGCUGCUCGCCGACCUGCAGGACAUGAUCAUGGGGAGCACGCUGGCCAAAUGUGCCGUCACCGACCUGGGCAUCCAGUGGGCCGGCUGGGCCCUGGCUGCUGCCUUCAGGACCGAGAAGUUUUAUGAUCUGGCAGGAUCGGGCACUUUUAUACUACUUGCCCACCUGAGUCGUAUCUGGGGAGGAGCCAGUCAUGUCCGUCAGAAGGUGCAGACUGGGUUGGUGACAGCAUGGGGACUCAGGCUGGGUACAUUCCUCUUCAUGCGGAUCUUGAAGGACGGUCAUGAUCGCAGGUUCAACAAUGUCAGAGACAGCCCAGGGACUUUCUUUGUAUAUUGGAGUAUUCAAGCCGUAUGGGUAUUUAUGACCCUCCUGCCCACCCUCAUGCUGAACAGUGAGAAGCGAGAUGUGCCUCUGGGAACGAGGGACUACAUUGGCUGGACUAUUUGGGGCCUUGGCUUCGCUGCUGAGGCUAUUGCUGACCAGCAGAAAUGGCUUUUCAAGCGUGACCCAGAUAAUGCUGGGAAAUUCAUCCAGAGUGGGCUGUGGGCUUACAGCAGACAUCCGAACUAUUUUGGAGAGAUCCUGCAAUGGUCUGGCCUCUGGCUCUCUGCCUCAUCAGUGAUGGAGGGUUCCCAGUAUCUGAGUGUGGCAUCGCCUCUCUUCGUCUGGUUCCUGCUGCGUUACGUCAGCGGUAUCCCCAUCCUGGAGAAGCAGGCCAUGAAGAAGUGGGGGUCUGACCCAGGCUUCCAGGACUACAUCAAGAACACUCCUCUGCUCUGGCCAUGGCCUAAAUUUUAAUGCAACAGUGAACAGUGAUGAACAUUUUCUCAACCGCUGUACCAAUAAUUGCCUCACACAAAGAACAUACGCACAUUAAAGUCACUGUAUAUGACACUCAGGACAUUUUUAAUAGCAGCAAACCACUAUAGGCUAUGUAACAAUAUAAUGGAGGAAGGGCGUCCUGUGCAAAGAAUGAAAUCAUACUCCUCCUGUGUUUGUUGUAGUCCGAGUCUGUUCUUUAUCAAUUCCCCUAUUGAUUUCUGAUCAGUUUUCUGUGUGGGAAAGAAGUAAGCCAGCACAGGUUCUUAGCAUCAAGGCAACUAUUUUCUUACCUUAGAGUCUGGCCACAGUGUAGCUGCCUGGUGCUAAUGUUCUUUCAACAGGAUAUUUACCCUCUAAAAGGGUGCUGCCUUCAGGGAGGCCAUGGCACUCGUGUGUAGUUUCAAAUAUAUGACAGUAUUGGAAUUUAAACCCCUGUUGCUCAGACAGCUGUUUCAGCACAUUACUGGUGUUUCCACCCAAACUUGAGAUGAUCAUUACAAGCAGCACUGUUGUCAUCUGUCUUGGUGAAAUGAAGCUCUUGGACCGUUUCUUCCUCACCAUCAUGACUCCUUUUGGCACGUUUCUUUCCAGUAGUAAAGACAUGAGUUUGACGUCAUUAUUUCACAACGCUCAACUAUCAGAAAAUGGCAUCAAUAAAAGGAACUGAUAAGCAU